CAGCUGGGCCCCUGUUUUAUCAAAAGUAUAAAAGAUGGAUUGGGCUGAUUAACAACAGAGUUCUUCGGUCACCGUUUGAUCCAGGCCCAUCAUCUCCUUUUCAGGACUUGAGGCAGAAACAGCCACGGAGAAUGAGCAAAGCGAGAACCGCCACAAAUGGCAGAGGCAAGACGAUUGAGAGGUCACAAGGAGACCGCCACCUGCUGCGUCGCCUCAGGUGACCGGCCUGGUCUCGUCGCCACUUCCGGCGAGGAUGGUUGCGUUUGCUGGUUUGAUAUGCGGUGCAAAGACGUGCAGCUUGUCAUGAAUGUUAGUGAGGAACCCAUUUCCUCAUUAUGCUUCAAUUCAGGGAACGAAAACAUCAUCUAUGUUUCUUCGGGAAAGGAAGUGAAGUGCUUUGAUGUACAUAUGUUGGCAUCUAACUCGUGGAGAGCAUUAGAGAAUUACAGCUAUAAUAAAGAGGAGAUAAAUCAGGUUGCAUGUAACUCUAAAUCAUCUUUCCUUGCUUCUGCAGAUGAUGGUGGUGAGGUUAAGGUAUUCUGCCCUUACUUUGAAAUAUUCGACCUCUAUCUCAUUGAAUCUAGACGAUACACAUAUCUUUUCUUUUGUCCCUUUGUAUGAUUGGUUUUGUAAUUGGAGAGGCAACCAAGUUGUUACUAUUAUUUCAUAUUUUUUAGUUGAGAAUAUUUCUCAUUGCACUGUAGUCGUAUGCCAUACACAAUCUUUUUGUCUUUUGUAUGAAUGUGCAAGGUUGUGGAAUUGAUGACUUGCAAUCUGUCACUAUCUCCUUCAGACAUGUAAUCUGUUUGGUUAAUUGCAAACAGCAAAACUUAGCUGCAAGUUUGAAAUUUGGUGUCUAAGACAGUUAACUUGUCUAGCAUGUGAACUUGAUCAAGUGUGCUUAUGAAGUACUUAAUGUUGUUCAUAAACUCAAACAACAUAGGAGUUAAAGUGUUUCUUUGC